AUGGUUGGACGUGAAGGUGGUGAGGACAAUCAUGAUACUAAACCAACACCACAACAACCAGUAAUAACAACACACAACAACAAGGAAGAACGGAAAGAUAACAUCAAUGAUAACCCCAGUCGAACAUCAUCGCCAAUACAUGAUGAACACACUUUUAGUAUUAUUUACACCAAAUCAGCACCACAAGAUGCGAAUACUACCACAAGAGAUGCUUCUCCGCUCCCUCAUCAUGAAAGUACUCUUCAUCAACAACAAGAUGCUGCCAUUUCUUUGCUUUACUUCUCUCCACACAACAACAACACACAUGAACAACAAAAUGAUCUUAUUCAAGCGAGCAUGUCGGAAGAUGAAACAGUUAACAAAAAAAGUAGCAUGCCGAGCGGUAGUGGUACAAUUCCAACCAAUCAACUAGAUAAGGAAGCCCAAUCUUGUUCUUUGAAUACACAUGGUUUGGAUGAAUUUUGUUUUGGGCACCAAUAUUCAUCUGGUCAUCAACAACAACAACAUGAACAUGUUGCUUUAAGGAACGGUGAGGAAUCACAACAAGAAGAAUUUACUGAUGAUAUUAGUGAUUCCAACGAUGCUCAAUAUGAAGUUUUGAAUUUACAUCAUAUACAACAAGCAAGACAUUCCAUACCUCGUAUUAAUAUUUCCCUCAUGUCUAACAAUAAUCAUCAGUGCCAUCAUCAAGCACAACAUCAAUCUCCGUGCAUUUCACCCCUAUCAUGCCAUAGUGCCAAUAGUUGGACAAGUAAUCCAGAACAACAACAACAACAGCACACCUACGAGUCAAAUAAUAAUAAUAAUAAUAAUUAUUCAACAAGUAUUCACGGACAAUAUGCUUCAACGAAUGUUGUUGGAUCAUCCUCAUCUUCAUAUCAAAACACAACACCAUCAUCUUCUCCUCACCAUUUUCCUACCACAAGAAAGGCAUCCAAUUCCAUCUCCUCCUCAAAUUCUAACUCAUCCCUAACUCAAUUUCUCCCAAAUAGUUAUACUUUUCAUACUUCCUCACGUUCUGGAAGUGGUUCUUCAACAACUCAUCAUGAAUUAUUGAGUAAUAUUGACCAAGUGAUUGUCGGAAACAAACAAAAAAGAAAGGACAGUUUUAUACUCUUCUAUGAACAGGAUCAAUCAUUAACAGAUCACAGUAUUUUGGAACCUAUUGUGAUUAGAACAUCGAGUGCUACCAAUAAUUCAUCACCAUAUGAAUCAACGAGUGGUGUUGGUUCUGGUAGUCAUAUCAGCUCUCUAGGAGAUUCACAACAUCCACCCCAACAGCAACAACAACAAUUAAAAAGAACAUCCAGUUCAAGUCAAGUAGAUAGCAGUGAUGUAUCAUCAACAUGUGAAAGUCUAAUUCUCACCAAUCAAGAAGCUAAUGAAGCUUCGGAACAUAUGGAAGAAGAAAAUUCUUACCCAGCAUCAUAUUAUUGGAAAACUCUCACUGGAGGAUUUAUGAAAUUCUUCAUGUCCUCUCUAUUGAAUAAUCAUGAAGUUUCUACCUAUUUACAAUCUAUCAAUACAGCCACAAAAACAUCAGUGGAAGAAAAUAGUACUUCAACUGUUUCAACACCCGAUUCUUCACCAUCUUCUUCUCUACCUCUACCACAAGACAGGAGGUUUAGUUUAUCGGAUGAUGAAGCUCUAAUUAUUAAAUUCAAAUCUAGGCAUGAACAGUUAGCAAAAGCAAAUCCUAAAUUAAUGAUUGCUAUUGCAAUCCUACUUAUUUAUGUUUCACUAGUUUUUAUUAAUCCAGUUACACAUGGAUAUUUCGUUUUCUGGUUGGGUUUUGUUGUGGAAAUGUCGUUCAAUAUUACUAUUGAUACUUUAUGCUCUACAGUAACUAUUAAAUCAAUACCAAAACUAGAACUUAUUAAUAUUUGUAGGACUCUGAUUGCAAUCAUGGGAAGGAUUGUAGUGCAAACGUACUAUGGACCUAAUUUUCCAUUUUGGAUUUUGCAAACUUUCCCAAUUAUCAUAUCUGUUAAUAUUUUCUAUUAUAGGAGAAUAUUUUCUCUUAUUAAUACAGCUACAGCAACUUUUGGAUGUUGUCUUUCAAUCUACAUUUCCUACAUUUGGGAGUAUGAUGCUAGAGGUAAGAUGGAUGAAUACAUUCUUGAAGAAAUGAAAACCAAAAUUUUGGAGAUUAUUGGUUUGCAUUUCAUUCUAACUGUGGGAACUUACAUGUUCUCUCGAAUUAUGGAACAACAAAGUGAUGAUAAUGCAAGAAAACAAUUGGAAUUGUUAAAACAGCAAAUUGUCAACACAGCCAAAACUAAAUUUAUUGGUAACUUGAGUCAUGAAGCCAGAAAUCCUCUUCAGGGCAUUUUAUGUUCCAUUCAAUUACUCAAACAUGAGACUGUGAACAGUGAAAAGAGUCAAAUAUUUAACAGUCAAUCAUUUAGAGAGACACUAGAUGAUAUUUACUACAAUUCUAAUUUAUUAUUGCACAUUUUCUCUACUUCACUACAACUGACAAAUUUAGAACUUGGAAAAAUCAAACUUAAUGAAAUGAAGAUUAACCUAGUCGAUAUUUUGGAAUCAAUGAUUGCAGUAUUCAUUAGAAAUGCAGAGGAAAAGAGAAUUUCCAUAGGAUCAUUCUAUAAUUUCAAGUCCUUACCAAAGUACAUGUUUUUAGGAGACCAAUCGAGAGUUUGUCAAAUACUAAUGAACAUUCUUAGCAAUGCAGUCAAGUAUACUGACAAGGGACACGUCCUAUUAACUGCAGAGCAAUGCACAAAUAAGGAUUUGCUUCGUGUUGGCCUCAAGAAAGAUCCUGAAUACACCUAUGUCAAGUUUAUUUGUAAAGAUACAGGUUGUGGUAUUUCAGAGGCCAAAACUAAGGACUUGUUUAAAAAGCCAUUUUACAAGGUUGAUCAAGAAACUUUCAAUUCAACCAUACAAAACAGUUCCAAUCCAAUAUUUGAGCAAUACUACAAAAAGUCCUUAACCAACAAUGAUAUUGCCAUUGAAGAUGAGGAAAGAGAUUUCAAGGAGAAUAACGGAUAUGGACUCAGUAUUUCAAAGAGUUUACUCGACUUGAUGGGAGGUAGAAUAUUUAUUGAGAGUAAAGUUGACGAAUAUACCAAGGUAACAAUAAUAAUACCACUCAAGAAUUUAGUUGGGGAUUAUUCAGGUUUUGAUGAUUAUUCAUCAGAAUUCUUUGAAUCCAAUCAAAGAACUAUUGAAGUAUUAUCAAAGGAACUGCACGAGUCGAUUCAUCAUUGCACUCCUGAAUUUUAUCUCCUUGACAAACACAAUACACUCACAGGUUCAGUAAUCAAACCCUACUUACAAUUCCUCUUCCCAAAUUCAAAUGUUUUCGAAUCUGAUUUGGAAGCCAUAAGUAAGAAUGCAGACAAGACCAAGUAUAAUAUUGUAUUGUAUAAUGCCAAUACUGUUGAAGAUUUUUCAAAUAUACCAUGUUUAGCAAUUCCAAUUAGUGCCAGAGGACAAUUUAAUGACAAACGUUAUAUUUCAUCACCUGUUAGAUUUAGAGAGUUGGUAGAUGUCCUGUUACACUAUAUCAAAUUAUUCCCUUGUGAAACGAAUAUUAUUCCUCCAAGUAGUUCGAACCUCUUUUUAACACCAACCAAUAUUUUAGAGAAAUCUAUUGAACCUCCUCAGAAGAAAGCCCUCGUUGUGGAAGAUAAUGAUAUCAAUCGUAAAGUUAUUAUCAAAUUGUUGAAAUUGAUUGGAUAUGAAAAUGUGGAUUCUUGUGAGAAUGGCUUGGAUUCAGUCGAGAAAUGUAAACAAUCAAAAUAUGAGGUUAUUCUUAUGGAUCUAUUAAUGCCAAUUAUGAAUGGAAAAGAUGCAAGUGUCCAGAUUCGACAAGGGCAAAAUAGCAAAACUCCAAUCAUUGGUAUUACAGCAAAUAUUUGGGAAACUUAUGAAACUCUAAAGGAAUUUGGAUUUGACAGCGUUCUUUACAAGCCAAUCAUGCUCAAUAAGCUUAAAAAUGAAAUUGAGAAGGUUUUACAACAUUCACUAACACAUCCUUAG